CUGAUUAUCUCCCUUGUCCAAUGUGUUGAGCAAUGUUUUAGUCUGCUUGAACGCUCUUUCAGUUGUACUAAAAGAUACAUCAUAACACUUGUUAACAGUAUCAGUUGUGUGAAAUGUCCAAAGCUACCAAGAGAAAGCAUGUCGUGAAAGAGGUUCUCAAUGACUAUGUUCUUCCUGAAGGAGACCAAGAGAUCGUCAGGGUUACAGCCAGUCGAGGCAACAACCUUCAUGAAGUAGAGACAGCCCAAAGCAACAGAUACCUAGUCAGUAUGCCCACCAGGUUCAGGAAGAAUGUGUGGAUAAAGAGAGGAGACUUUGUGCUGGUGGAGCCUAUUGCCGAGGGAGACAAGGUGCGAGCAGAGAUCCUCAGUAUCCUGUACAAGGACCAGAUCAAGCACAUCAAGGACGAAGGACUCUGGCCACCAGCAUUUGAGGAGAGAACAACCCAGGGCAAGAAUGAUAUGAUUCCUGACGACAUGCUGCCACCAAGCGAUGACUCGGACGAAGAUCUGGCGGACAUGGUUGUGAAUACCAACAGGCCACAGGUGGUGUACGUGGAUACAGAUUCUUCAGAUGAAGACAAAACAGUUGAGGAUGACGGAAACAGCUGACAGCACCUGGACAUACUUCAUCAGGGAUAUGUGCAUACGACUCAUUAAAUGUUGCGUCAUGUAAUAAGUUUAUCAUGUUCUCAGUGUUGUUGAAAUGAAUGUGCCUCGGUGGGGAGUUUUGGGGAUGAGACCACUGUACGUCAACAGAUCUUUGUUAUUCAUUUAUAGGUCAUUGGAACAUAUGGAAAUUGUUAAAGAACAAGGCUUUAUUGUGAAUUGAUGAUAAAGACUGAUGUUUCUUUCUUAGAUAUCAAUCACUGACAAAAGAGACCAAAUGUUGAUGAAGAUUAUUGCUGGCGCAUGACCAGUAUUAUGUAAAAAACAAACUCCUUCAUGCAAAAAUAUGAUGAGAAAAUAAUUUGUACAUAUUAACAAUGUAAUAAAAUAAUGUUAAAACAAGA